AUGAAGGUGAUGCAACGAGACUCAAACCGCUGCCCCGUCACCGGCAUCUACGACACCUUUACCGCAACCAACGUAGAACUCCAGGGCACCCUAGCCGCCGUCCACAUCAUCCCACCCCGAAUAUCCUACAACAAAACCGUAAAAACUCUCAUCAGCAAAUUCACUGGCGGCCAAAUCCGCCCAGAAUACCUCUCCCCCGAAAACAUCGAUGCCAUGGACAACACCCUCAUGCUCUCCACAACCGUCUCCACCCUCUUCGAACAAUACCGCUGGUCCAUCUACCCAGAACGCCAAAGAAACCCACAAUUCUCUUUCUCCGUCCCAGGCUACCACGAAGAAGAGCAUUCCUACCGCCUGCGCAAAGUCGCCAAUUUCUACCCGCCCAACACCUUGUCCGCGCCGGAGGAUUCUAGGAUCCUGUUCGGUCGGGGACCGCCCGAGGGGGGUGUGUUCGUCUUGCCUAACCCGUCCUAUCUGCGCUUGCAUUAUUCGCUGGCGCUGAUCCUGGAUGCGACGCAGGCUGGGAAGACGAUUUCGAGGAUUCAGCAUGCGAUGAUGAGGUCUGGCCUUGGGCGGAGGGAUUUGGUGUUUUGGGGGGAUGAGAUGGAGGUUUUCUUGCCUACGAUUUAUAGAAGGGGCAUGGAAUGUGUACUGGGGGUGCUUCAGUGGUAUGCGGAGGAGGCGGAGGCGAAAGCUGUGAGGCAGAGGGAGAGGGAGGGGGGAUGA